CAUGGGUUUAUUUGGAAUGGGUGGAAGAAAAAGGCAAAGAUCGAAUUCAAUCCUGUUUUUAGUGUUUAAUUUGAUGUUCUUGUGGUUCGUUUCUGGUGAAUUUGUUGAUUUUUCAGAGAAAAAUCGACUUUUGGAGCUCAAGAACGCCCUUUUUGAUCCUCACAACUUGCUUUCAAGCUGGAAACCUGCAAACCCUAAUCACUGUUCUUGGUUCGGAGUCACGUGCAACUCACAUGCCAGGGUUUCUGAGCUGAGGAUACCAGGAGGUAAGUUUAUUCAUUCUGGUUCUUGUUUGGGUGAUUACCAUUUUGAUCUUGAAAGGAAUUGUUCUUCUGGUAGAAAAGGGAAAUUUGUAGGUGGGAUUUUGUCAAAUGUGAUUGGGGAUUUGUUAGAACUUAGGGUUUUAUCAGUUCCAUUUAAUCAGAUAUCUGGUGAGUUGCCUGAUGCAAUUUGGGGGUUAAGGAAUCUUGAAGUGAUUGAUCUUGAAGGGAAUUCAAUUAAUGGAAACUUAUCGAUGAUUGAUUUCACCUAUUUGAAGAAGUUGCAGGUUCUUAAUCUAGGGUUUAACAGAUUAUUUGGGAAAAUCCCCAAAUCACUUGCAGAAUGUGAGGGUUUAAGCAUCUUAAAUCUAGCCGGAAACCGAAUCCAUGGGACGAUUCCCGUGUUUAUUGGUAGCAUCAGGAAGCUAAAAGGGGUUUAUUUGUCGUUUAAUCGGUUUUUCGGAUCAUUACCGGAUGAAUUCUGGACCAACUGUGAUGUUCUUGACCAUGUUGAUUUUUCUGGGAAUUUUCUCGAUGGCAAGAUCCCGAAAAGCAUAAGAAAUUGCGGGAAAUUACGGACAUUAUUGCUGUUUUCGAAUGCGUUUAGUGGGGGUGUUCCUUCUGAGCUCAGCAUGCUCGAAAAUCUUGCAGUUCUUGAUAUCUCUAGAAACAGGUUUGUUGGCAAUAUUCCUGUAAGCCUCGUCAAUUCGAAAUCGCUUGUUAAGUUUGAUUUCUCAUCCAACAACGUUUCCGAGCAGAUAAUGGUGGAAUCGGUCGUUAAUUUACAGUCAUUGUCGUCACAACACCGUCGCGCCCUUGCCGACUCGGGGACUGUUGAUGGGAAGAAAAAGGGUUUCACUCUCCUUGAAUUGGUGUUAAUUCUAGUUGCAUCACUCAUUGUUCUAAUUCUUAUCGUUCUCAUCAUCGCUUACUUUUACAUGCGGAAUCGGAGACGAAGUUCCCAAGUCGAAGGAAUCCCGUCUCCACCUCGUUCGGGAACCGAACGCCUCGUCAUUUUCAAAGAGGUCGGGGCGCCGUUGACGUUCGACAACGUCGUCCAAGCCACCGGAAAUUUCACCUCGAGAUAUUGCAUUGGGAACGGCGGGUUCGGAUCAACCUACCGAGCCGAGAUAUCCCCGGGGAUAACCGUGGCCGUGAAGCGGCUCACUGUGGAAAUGUGUCAAGGAGUCCCUCAAUUUAACGCGGAAAUCCGGAGCCUGGGACAAAUCCGACACCCAAACCUCAUAACUUUAAUCGGCUAUUACGCUAGCAUGUCGGAAAUGUUUCUUGUUUACAACUAUCUUCCUGGCGGCAGCUUGGAAGAAUUUAUCUGCCAAAAACGAAACUCUGUUAUCGGUUUGAAAACCGUUCACAAAAUCGUGUUCGACGUAGCCACCGCGCUAGCAUUCCUGCACGACGAGUGUAAUCCCCGAAUACUCCACCGAGACGUGAAACCGAGCAAUAUUUUAUUAGAUAAGGAUCUAAAACCUUAUCUGUCGGAUUUCGGGUUGUCACGGCUUCUCGAGGGGUUCGAGACCCACGUGACAACCGGGGUCGCCGGAACUUUCGGUUACGUGGCGCCGGAAUACGCUCUAACAUGCCGCGCAUCCGAUAAGGUGGAUGUGUACAGCUACGGAGUGAUGUUGCUCGAGUUGAUUUCCGAUAAACGGGCAUUGGAUCCGUCGUUUUCUUCUCAAGAAAAUGGUUACACGAUUGUGUCGUGGGCGUGGCGGCUGUGGCGGGAAGGCCGGAUGGUGGAGGUUUUCGCCCCCGGAAUGUGGGAGGCCGGACCGGAAAAUGUGCUGCUGGAGUUGCUGCAAUUGGGGCUGGUUUGCACGGAGGAGGCCAGCGGCGGGAGGCCUAAAAUGAGGCAAGUUGCAAGGAUAUUGAGGCAAAUUCAAACUGCUUUUGACCCUUGACUUUUUUUUUCUUCCCUUUUGGAUUUAUUGUUUUU